UUUAUAUAUAUAUAUAUAUAUCCUUCAUGGCUUCCCUUGAUGGUGAGAAAAGUAAUGAAAAUCAUGUUGAGAUUCGUGUUGGGGCGAUUGGGGUGGAGCGAAAACGAAAGCAAGAAAUUGAAGCAAAAAACAUAGAUUAUUCUGAGAGGGCGAAUUGGGUGCGUGCAGCAGUGUUGGGAGCGAACGAUGGAUUAGUCUCGGUGGCAUCAUUGAUGAUGGGUGUUGGAGCUGUUAAGGAGAACGUAACAGCCAUGGUUCUUGCUGGUUUUGCGGGGUUAAUUGCAGGGGCAUGCAGCAUGGCAAUUGGAGAGUUUGUGUCUGUGUACACUCAGUACGACAUAGAAAUGGGUGAGAUCGAAAGAGAGAGAGAAAACAAGGUUGUUGUUGUUGGUGAUGAUGAUGAUGAUGAUGGAGUGAGUGAAGAAGGUAAAAGGGAAAAGUUGCCGAAUCCAUUUCAUGCUGCUGUAGCAUCAGCUUUAGCAUUUUCUGUGGGUGCAGUGGUGCCACUGCUAUCUGCUGCAUUCAUAAGGAACCAUAAAAUAAGACUUGGUGUUGUUGUUGCUGUGGCUAGCAUCACGUUGGUGGUGUUUGGUUGGUUAGGAGCGGUGCUCGGAAAAACUCCGAUCACAAAAUCUUGCCUUAGAGUGCUCAUCGGAGGUUGGAUGGCUAUGACUCUAACAUUUGGCCUCACCAAGUUAUUUGCCUUUGCUGAGAUUUGAGUCUUUGAUUUUUUUUUUCUCACUUGAAAAAUAUUAUAAGAGAAGGUUAAUUAAAAAAUUUAAGAUAACUUAUGAUAGAUCUUUUGGUUUUCUUUUUCUAAUAAUAUUCUAUGUUGUUAGAAAUUUGUCGUGUGAAAAGUGUUGUCUUGCAUGCCAAUGGACACCUGGUAGAAAAAGAGAAAUGUGAAUGUGAUGUGAGAA